AUGGGAGGGAGAAUUAGCUCAGACACUGUGAUCGCCGAUAAUGGACCGUUGAAGAAGUUUUCAGGGCCAGAAUCGAUCAGCGACAAUGAUCCUUUCUGGAACAAGCUGCUAUCUUUCAAUCUAAAGAUAGAUGAUCACGAUACGGCACAACUGCAUGAUUUCGACGACUCAUUAAACGACUUUUUGAAUUCGUUAAUGUAUAAUACUCAGACCAGUGGCAAUUUUGCGGCCUUUAUACGAGUAUUUGUACGACUCUCAAAGGAACUAAAGACAUCUGAAAAAUUCGAGAAUAUAAUUUUUCUCUGGCAAGCUUCGAAUGCUUUGAUUAUUCUACGUUAUAUAUGCAAGUUUCUGACGCAGCGAAUGACCGAAAGUGAAUUUGUCAGGACAUUCGCGAGUUCGGUUUCGGCUGGCUCUUCUUCUUUUCACUCUUUUUUAUUAAGUGAAAGUACUAUGGCGAUCCACGUUGAAUGUGUUAAAUGUCUCAUCGUCAUGCUUAGCUCGCAGUUAUAUAACGAAACAGUUGUAAACACCUCAGUAGUUUUCUCCUACUUCAUUAUCGGAGCUUGGCGGGCUGCUGUUCUCACAAAGACAUUACUUUAUAAUUAUUUGGUUCAUAACAAUGAAUAUUAUCAGCUGAAGAAAACCAAUGAGGGAAGUAUUGUUCUUCAAAUAGCAGCUUCAUUCUGGUCACUUGUACAAGCAGCGACUAGUGAAGAAGAAGAUCCUGGUACUGUUCAGGAUUAUCCGCUGACACUCGGUAGUUUAAGCAUUCUUCUGUUACUAAACCUUGCUUGUCAUCAUCCAGCCAAGGGCUGUAAUCCCUUUAAGGAAACAUUAGCUCUGUUUCAGAACUCGCAAGAGGUUUCCAGUCUCGGUGCGGAAAAAGUCACUUUUAAACUAGAUUAUAACUCUUUGUAUGAACGGCUUUGUGUCACUGCAUGUCAAGAACCACCUAUGCUUCUACUAUAUUUAUUGCUACAUCGUAAUUCUGGCUUCAGGAACUUUGUAUUGUCAAGGAUAAAUCUUGAGAAUCUCGUCUUGCCCGUGUUGAAAAUUCUGCAUGACGGCGUUGCCUCAUUGUCUUCAAAUUCGCAUCACAUGUAUCUCGCUCUAAUAGUGAUGCUCAUUCUUAGUGAAGACGAUUUCUUCUGCAAAAUUAUUCACGAGACCAUGAUGCAUGAUGUGAAUUGGUUCGAUAGUGACCGUCCUCUGAGAAAAAUAUCCCUCGGUGGUCUUUGUGUUAUGGUUUUCGUGCGUACGGUUCAUAAGAAUGCAAUUCGGAUGAGAGAUCGGUACUUACAUACAAAUUGCUUGGCUGCCCUUGCAAAUAUGUCGUCUUGCUUCAAAAACCUCUCACCUAUCGUUUGUCAGAAAUUAGUGUCUCUUCUGGAAUUGUUGACAAAACGCCAUAUCAAAAUGGUAGAGCAUAUGCGGCAGGGUUCUGAACAGGAGCCACCGGACGGAAAGUCUCCGUGCUAUCACGAUGAUGUUACUGCAUUAGAAGAAGGAAUUCGGACACUCUUGGAGAUCAUCAAUAGCGCACUGUGCGGAAAUCUCCGUAACAAUCCUCACCUCAUAUACACGCUCUUGUAUCAUCGUAGUCUUUUCGAUUCAUAUCAACAUCAUCCUAUGUUUCAGGAUCUACUCAAGAACAUAAUGCUCGUCAUAUCACAUUUUUCUUCGAAAGUAGUGCAUGUGAAGGCUGGUGAUGGUGCUGCUAUGAUGGAAGUGAUUGAAAAAGAGGCAGUGGUUUUACCAACAGAUCGGCUCACUAAAUUUCCUGAGCUGCGAUUUAGGUACGUAGAAGACGAAAAUACUGUGGAUUUCUUUGUGCCCUACGUUUGGAGGUUGACAAUACAGCAUUCGAGAAUAAUAUUUGAUAGUGCAAGAGUGAAGUUAUUUAACGCUCAAAUGUUGACCACAAAUAUCUAG